AUGUGUAACUCGAAAUCGGUAGUAGCUAUACAAAAUGACAUAUCGGACCCAUUCGAAAUACGCUCAGGAGUAAGGCAAGGAGAUGCCCUAUCUACUGUUGUCUUCAACCUUACGCUGGAGGCAGCCAUCCGAAACGUAGGAGUAAAAGGGCUUUUAGACUAUAACACCAGUCAGCUAGCCGCCUAUGCGGAUGAUAUCGUUAUCGCAAGCAGGUCUCAAAGCAGCAUGAUCAGACACACCACAACUCUCCAGAUGGAAGCGGCAAAGUAUGGAUUGAUGGUUAACGCAAGCAAAACGAAGUACCUUCAUAGCACGCGCAACCCUCGUCCACUACAGGAUGUCACCAUUGGAGAUGAUACAAUUGAAGGAGUCAGCAGCUUUAAGUACCUGGGGUCGAUACUGUCCAGCCGGAAUAAGGUUGGAGAUGAGGUGAAUGCCAGAAUCAUGGCUGGCAGUGGAUGCUUUUACUCUCUCAGCAAACUUUUGCGAUCAAAAUACCUUAGUGCAAAAUCCAAGCUGUCUAUCUAUAAGACCAUAAUACGCCCCGUCACCACCUAUGGGUGUGAAGCAUGGUCACUAACAGCUUUGGAAACCCAAAAGCUCGCCGUGUUUGAGAGGAAAGUUCUGCGCAAAGUGUUUGGGCCAGUGAAAGACGCAGACGGUGACUACCGUAUACGCAUGAAUCACGAGCUGGAGGCACUCAUGAACCGAGAAACAAUCGUCCGAUUCAUCAAGUCACAGCGAGCAAUGACUAUACAAAGGUUGACGGCGCUACGCGCGCUGAUGGCGGGAAAUCCAACAGCCUUGGCGGCGUAUAUUAUACCUACUGCUGAUGCUCAUAAUUCGGAAUAUAUAUCACCAGCGGACGCUCGGAGGGAAUGGAUAUCAGGGUUCACUGGUUCUGCCGGAACAGCUGUAGUUACAGCCAAUAAAGCUUUGGUCUGGACAGACGGUAGAUACUACACUCAGUUUGAGAAAGAAGCAGAUUUAACUAUAUGGACGUUGAUGAAGCAGUCUUUGCCUGAAACUCCAACUAUGGAGAAAUGGCUAACAAGCAACUUAAUAGCAGGUUCUAUUGUGGGUGUUGACCCUCACACUAUGACUAGAGAAGAAUGGACCCCCUUACAGACUGCGCUGUCUAAGGCGAAAAUGCAACUAGUAGCUGUAGAGAACAAUUUGGUUGAUAAAGCCCGUGUCACACUGGGCGACCCUCCGCCCAAGAGACCUCAGAAUGAUAUUAUACACCUGCCUUUAGAAUAUACUGGGAAAACCGCUGGUGAAAAAAUCCAUGAUUUAAGAGUGGGGAUGCUUGAGAAGAAAGCUUCGGCGCUCAUUAUAACAGCUUUGGAUGAAGUUGCGUAUACACUGAAUCUAAGAGGUAGCGAUAUAAAUUAUAAUCCAGUAUUUUUCUCCUAUUUAUUGCUAACCCCCGACGUAGUAACGUUAUUCUGGAGUGGGGGUUGCAUUCCCGACGAUAUACGACGAAAUUUAUCUGAAGAAGGGGUCGAGAUUGUGGGUCGGCCUUACGAUGACGUCAUUGGGGGUUUGAGUGAUUUGGCUCGUCAGUUAUCUAAUUCUGGUGAUGAUGAACAUUCCGUGUGGAUAUCAAACGAGGCGAGCGAAGCUAUACAUAAAGCUGUUUCCGGGGAAGGUGUAUUGAAGAAGCCUCUUAAUUUAAUAUCGGAAGUGUCUCCAGUGGCUUUGGCGAAAUUGGUGAAGAAUGAAGUCGAAUUAGAGGGUUUCCGUAAUUGUCACAUUCGUGAUGGCACGGCUGUGUGUAGAUUCUUCAAGUGGCUUCACCAACAAGUGGAUGAAGGGAAUAAGAUUACUGAAGUAGAAGCUGCUCAGAGAUUGUUGGAGUUUAGGAAGGAGGAAAAAGAUUUCAUGGGCCCUUCCUUCGAGACUAUAUCCGGUGCGGGCGAGAACGGAGCUGUCAUACAUUACUCACCGACAGAUGACGCGCCCAGGGUCAUUACUGAUGAUGACGUGUACCUGCUGGACUCUGGCGGGCAGUACAGGGACGGUACAACGGACAUAACUCGCACUCGUCACAUGAGUGAACCAACGGACCUACAGAAAGAAACAUUCACUAGAGUACUCAAGGGUCAAAUCGGUAUCGGCGCUGCUCUGUACCCCGCGGGGGUAAAGGGUAACGUCCUAGACUCGUUAGCACGUAAAUAUCUAUGGGACGUCGGUCUAGACUAUGCUCAUGGUACGGGACACGGCGUUGGACACUUCUUGAACGUUCAUGAAGGACCCUCGGGAGUAUCGUGGAGACCUUACCCUCACGAUCCCGGACUAAAAAUGGGGCAGAUAUUGAGUAACGAGCCCGGGUAUUACCGGGUCGGGGAAUUCGGUAUCCGGAUAGAAGAUUUAGUGGAGACUAUCAACGUAACUAAGGAUACAAACCACCCUAGGGCCAAAGAUCUUCUUGGUGACUACAACGGGCGCGGCGUGUUGGGUUUCAAUACGUUAACCCUCGUACCCAAUCAAAGGAAAUUCAUCAAAACUCAGUUACUAGAUGAGUUUGAGAUCAAAUACAUAAAUUCCUACCACAAGAGAGUAUUGGAUACUCUGGGACCGAUAUUGAAGAACCGAGGCUUGAUGGAUGAUUACGCCUGGCUGGAGAAGGAAUGUUCUCCACUGAUUGCCGCACAAAAUCUGGUGAUUGGUAAUCUACAUUCUUUCGAAGUCAACACAUAUUCACAAUACGCUGAAAGUCAUGUAUCAGGUAAUUCAAAUGGCAAGAAACUAAGCAGAUCUCAAAGCUUGGAACGUGUGACAGCCGUCAGAAAUGUUAUGACAGAGAGAGGACUUGACGCCUUUAUAGUACCUACUUCUGACGCGCAUAAUUCACAAUAUAUAGCGCCGGCGGAUGCUAGACGGGAAUGGCUGUCGGGACUUUCGGGUUCUGCUGGAACAGCUGUAGUAACAGCUAACAAUGCAUUACUAUGGACUGAUGGUAGAUACUUCACGCAGUUUGAAAUGCAAGUUGAUACAAGUAUUUGGACACUCAUGAGAAUUGGUACUGAUGUGACUAUUGAGAAUUGGUUAGCAUCAAAUAUGACAGCCGGUUCAACAAUUGGUAUUGAUCCAACUACCUACACACGCAGUUCCUGGAUAACUUUGGAGAAUGCUGUACGAAGCGCAAAUAUAAGUAUUGUACCAGUUUACAAUAACACAGUUGAUGAAGCUAGAAUAAGGAUUUCGGAUCCCCCUCCCGCCAGGCCAAACGAACCAUUAUUGGCACUUUCAGUAAAUUUCACAGGGAGAGCAUCAAAUGAGAAAAUAUCGAGUCUAGUCACUCAAAUCCGUAGUAGAGGCGCUUCGGCGCUGGUUUUGACGGCGUUGGAUGAUAUAGCUUACGUUUUAAACAUCCGUGGAUCAGAUAUUCCUUACAAUCCUGUUUUCUUCUCGUAUUUGGUCAUUCAAGCUGAUACGGUUAAUUCUAAUAUCACUCUUUUUUGGGGAGACGGUAAUCUGACAGGAGACAUAUUGGAACAUUUACAAAUUGAAGGAACAAGACUAAAUUGUAAACCAUACACAGAAAUAUUUGAUUAUUUACGGAAUAUGGUGAGCCUCCUCCCACCCAAUAGCACCGUCUGGUUACCAACCGGAGGUAGCCAGGCUAUAUAUCUAGCACUUGAAGUGGGUUUUAGAUCAGCUCAUGUGAAGGAUGGUAUAGCCGUCGUAAGAUUCCUCCGUUGGGUCCACGAGUUAGUGGAUUCAGGAGCUAAUGUUACAGAAAUAAACGUGGUUGAUAAAUUGGACGAACUUAGAAGUGAUGAAGAAUAUUACAAGGGACCUUCAUUCGCUACCAUCGCGGGCACCGGUUCGAAUGGAGCCGUCAUACAUUAUAAACCAUCUCGAGAUGGCGAACAAACAGUUAUUGGAAGGAAUGACAUGUUGUUGGUGGAUUCCGGGGGGCAAUACAUGGAUGGUACAACAGAUAUCACUCGUACCCGACACAUGGGAACUCCAACGAACAUACAAAAACAGACAUUCACGAGGGUACUGAAGGGACAGAUUAUGUUGGCUACAGCCGUUUUUCCUAGAGGAACUCUGGGUAGGGAUUUGGAGACGUUUGCCCGAAGAUAUCUGUGGGACGUUGGCUUGAACUAUGCUCAUGGUACGGGACACGGUGUUGGACACUUCUUGAACGUUCACGAAGGACCCGUCGGUAUUAUGAACAUGGCUAACGACCCAGGACUCGAACCCGGUAUUAUUAUGAGUAACGAACCAGGUUAUUAUGAGGUCGGUGAAUACGGAAUAAGACACGAGGAUAUUGUUGAAGUUAUUAAUUUAACCAAAGAUUCAGACCACAUAUAUGCGAAGGAUCUUAUUGGUAAUUUCACCAAUCGCAGCCCAACAGCCUUUUAUACUAUAUCUUUAGCGCCUCAUCAGACUAAAUGUUUGGAUGUUGGCAUCAUGAGUGAUGAUGAGAUAAAAUACUUAAAUAAUUACCACGCCCGGGUAUUAUCUACGCUGGGGCCGAUAUUAAAAGAACGAGAUUUACAAAAAGACUACGAAUGGCUGGAAAAAGAAUGUGCUCCAAUACAAAGAAGUUCAGCUGUUCUUGUUAAAUCAUCACCAUUCAUGAUUAUCAUCAUCACCUCUCUAUGGUACACACCAUAG